UGGAGCUGAAGAUUGUCUUCUCUGUCGAGGCCUGGCGACUGGGAGGGCGUACGGGCUAGACUCUGGGGUCAGGACUUCUCUCUCCUCCACUCCACACUCCUCGAGUCCGUAGGGUUCCGGGCGGCAGCCUCUGCAGGCCGUCUCCAAGAGGGGAGAGUGCAAAGCCACGUACGACCGCCGUCUCAAAGAGUGCAAAGCCACGUACGACCGCUGUGUACCUCCCGGGAGCACAUUCCGUUCUUCGAAUUUAUCACGUUCUGUGGCCCCCUGAGGGUUAAGGACUACGGAGUUUGGAGAGAAACGCGGAGCUUGCGCUCGGCGGGCUGCUGUAGGCUGCUAGGGCAGGAUAGGUAGGCUUGGAAGGGCAGAGCGUGCAUACUCAAUGUAGGACAACCCGUUUAAAAUACACGUUCUGGGCUUUGGGGGUUAAGAGGCUGCCUCUUAACCCCUCUUCCACUCCCACUGCCUUACCCUCUCCCACUCCCUAUUUUUCAGAACGUGAAGGCCGGGUGAGGUGUUUUCUCACUCACUGGGGGCCUGGAGGUGAGCAGGGGUGGGCAUGACCAGCAUUACCCAGCUCUUCGAUGACCUGUGUGAGGCCCUCCUGCCUGCUGCCAAGAGUCACCUGGGCCAGCGCAGUGUGAACCGGAAGAGGGCAAAGCAGAGCCUCAAGAGGGUGGCCUACAAUGCUCUUUUCACAAAUCUUUUUCAAGAUGAGACACAUCAAAUGCAGCCUGACCUGUCAAAACUCCCAGUGAGAAACAAGAUCCUCAUGUUGUCCUUUGACUUGAGAGUCGGUGGCCUGGGCCCCGAGGCAGACCGUUUGGAGGAGCUUGUGGAGGAGCUUGGAGCAGCCCCUUGUUGUCCACUUGUGGAGGUGGGGUCUGUUUUGGACCUCCUGGUUCAGCUGGCAGGGAGUGGUCCCCCUCAAGUAGUGCAAAGAAAACGGGGCUACUUCCUUAACAACAAGCAUGUUGGGAGAAAUGUUCCAUAUGGUGGCUAUGAUUGCUAUGAUGUCAGUGUGUUUGAGAUGGACAUUCAGUCUCUGAUCUCCAGAGAGGAAUCUUUGUGUCAUAGUAUGAUCCAGGAAACACUUCAGGUUAUGGAGGCUGCCCCAGGCACUGGCCUACCCACCGUUGGGCUCUUCUCAUUUGGUGAUCCUUGUAGUGACAGAUUUGAAAGAGACACCCGUGUCUCGCUCUUCGGUGCCCUUGUGCACAGCCGAACUUACGACAUGGAUGUCCGACUCGACCUGCCUCCCGUGCCAGACAGUGCAGACCUUUCUGGACUGGCCAUUAAGGUUCCUCAGAGUGUGGAUCAGUGGGAGGAUGAAGGGUUCCAGUCAGCAUCGAAUUUGACGCCUGAUUCCCAGUCUGAACCCAGCGUAACCCCAGAUGUGGACCUGUGGGAAGCUGCACUCACCUAUGAGCCCAGCAAGCGGAGGUGCUGGGAGCGAGUUGGAUGCCCCCCUGGCCACAGAGAAGACCCCUACCUCACAGAGGCAGGAAGGGACACUUUUGACAGGUUUUGCAGGCUCCGCCAAGGGGAGCUACAGGUGCUCAGUGGGGGCCUCUUGCAGGCCCCACACCCUGUGCUGGUGAAGGAGUGUGAGCUGGUGAAGGAUGCACUGAAUGUCCUGAUUGGGGUCGUGUCCACCACGUUUUCUCUCUGCCAGCUGGCCCAGGCUUUCACAGUGAAGUGUGGUGUCCACGUGUCAGGAGCGUCUCCUGAGAGCAUCAGCAGCCUUCUCUCAGAAGUGGCCGAAUAUGGGACCUACUACACACGCCUGAGUCAUUUCUCUCUGCAGCCUGUCCUAGAUGCUUCAUAUAGCAAGGGUCUCGUGUUCCAGGCCUUCACCAGCGGCCUGAGGAGGUACCUGCAGUACUACCGGGCCUGCGUUCUCUCCACACCUCCCACCCUAAGCCUCCUCACCAUUGGCUUUCUGUUCAAGAAACUGGGCCGGCAGCUCAGGUAUCUGGCUGAGCUCUGUGGCGUGGGCAUCGCACUCCCAGGAGCCAGUGGAGGAGGGCCCAGAACUGCGUUCCCCACUGGAGUGAAACUACUGUCCUACCUCUACCAGGAGGCUCUGGGUAACUGCAGCAACGAGCACUACCCUGUGCUACUGUCCUUGCUGAAGACUAGCUGUGAACCCUAUACACGAUUCAUCCAUGACUGGGUGUACAGUGGGGUCUUCAGAGAUGUUUAUGGCGAGUUCAUGAUCCAGGUGAACCACGAGUACCUGGGCUGCAGAGAUAAGCUCUACUGGACGCAUGGCUAUGUGCUCAUUUCCAAAGAUGUAGAGGACUCCGUGCCUGUGUUCCUGAAGCAUAUUGCCUACGAUGUGUACGUCUGUGGCAAGACAAUCAACCUGCUGAGGCUGUGCCAUCCCCGGCAUUACCUCUGUUGGUCUGAUGUCCCUGUGCCUCCCAUCUCGGUGAUUUUCUCCCUUGAGGAGUUGAAGGAGAUUGAGAAGGACUGUGCUGUCUAUGUUGGGAGGAUGGCAAGGGUAGCUCGCUACAGCUCCAUCAGUAAAGAAGAGAAGGAAUUACGUAUGGAAAUUGCAAAACAAGAAUUAAUCGUCCACGCCCGGGAAGCAGCAUCCAGAGUUCUGAGUGAGCUGAGUGACAGGCAGAUGUUGGAGCAGAUGGCUUUGGAUGCCCGGAAGCGAGAGCAGUUUCAGAGGCUGAAAGAACAGUUUGUGAAGGACCAGGAGCGACACCUGGCAGCCAGACAGGAGGAGCUGGAUGAUGACUUCAGCUAUGCCCGUGAGCUCCGAGACAGGGAGAGAAGGCUGAGGUCCCUGAAAGAGGAGCUGGAGAAGAAGGCGAGGCAGGCCCUGGUCGACCGUUACAGCAAGUUGUCUGCAGAGGCGGCUCAGCGGGAGCAGAGGGCGCUGUGGAGAGUCCAGAGGCACCAACUGGAAAGUGCACGGCUUCGUUUUCUCUCAGAAGAUCAGAGAUGCAUCCAGCUUGAAUUUCAGAGGGUACUAGAAGAUGUGCCGGAGGGUCACAGGCCCCAGGAGCCGCUUGCUGUUCUUCAGAGUGCAUGCUCCCAGGCUAUGUCUCUGGGUCCUGAGCAACCAGACAGAGGCCAAGGCUGUGAUUCCAGGCCCAGAAAGCAGCACUUAGGCACCUGGGACUACGUCCACAGUCCAAGUGCACCGAUGUCACCAUCCCUAGAGGCUACAGCAAUGGGGGAUUGUGGGGGGCUCCAGCCAGGGGAUGGGGCUGAGCCCUUCUCUGCUGGCCUCAGCAUUGGAGACUUCCUGCCCAUGGGCCUGGAGGCUGAGCAGCCUGUGCAGACCAAUGAGGCCCCCCUGUUGGAGGAAGUGCUGCAGACCAUCUGUCCAGAUCUGCCCUCUGCAGUUCUUGGGGAGACAUCUGCAGCAGCCAGCACUCAGUCCUGUGAGCUGCAGGAGUAUGAUUUUAGUACCAUCCUGAGGCCAGCUGUGGCCACUUCACCUUCUCCAGGGACCUUCCAGGCUAUAGAGGGUAGCUUGAGUAGCUCAGGGCAGCAGAUGUGGGGGGACACUGGCAUGAAGCUGGAUGCAUGUGUCCCUGACACACAGGUGGCUCUGCCUCAGUCAUACCCACACAGCAGUGUCACUUCUGAGGAGGGGAGCAGCCACUCCACAGAGCAGCUUCUUGGGCACAUGUCAGGGGAUGACAUUCCCACAGAAGGCUGUGUUCGUGGAACGGCCCCCUCUCGGCCACAGUGGAACCUCCAUGGGCAUGUGUCAGAUGCCAGCAUCAGGGUCGGGGAGAACGUGUCAGAUGUGGCCCCCUCCCGUCCACGGUGGAACCUCCAUGGGCACGUGUCAGAUGCCAGCAUCAAGGUUGGGGAGAACGUGUCAGACGUGGCUCCCUCUCGGCCACGGUGGAACCUCCACGGGCACGUGUCAGAUGCCAGCAUCAAGGUCGGGGAGAACGUGUCAGAUGUGGCCCCCUCCCGUCCACGAUGGAACCUCCAUGGGCAUGUGUCAGACGCCAGCAUCAGGGUCGGGGAGAAUGUGUCAGACGUGGCCCCCUCCCGGCCAUGGUGGAACACUCAUAGACACAUCUCUCAGUUCCCCAUGAUGCUGGGGACACUGCCAUCAGAAGCUGAGCCAAACAUGUCUGGAACCCCCCAGGCCUCCCCUGGCCAGGUGUCUGAGGCAGGCCUCAGCCCUGGUGCACAGAGCCUAGCCCUGGAGAGUGGGCCACAGUCCCCUGUGGAAAUGGUACUCUCAGUGUACUCCUCUGCCUCGGGCAGUGAGGAAGAGAGCAACCUCCAGACCUCACCAUCAGCUGUGGCCAGACCUCCUACUCCGGGAGAUGGUGUCCACGAGGAGCCAGGCCCAGGGAAGAGUGGAGACACUGAGGACCUCUCUGCAAGUUGGCUUCUGAACCCACAGGUCAAGGAAGAUGCAGCUGCCCAGAGCAGCCCAGGCUCUGGCAAGGAGGCAGCGGAGGCGGAGGCCCGGCGCUGGGGCUGGGAGCAGACCUACCUGAAAGGACUGGCCACGCAGUAUCCUCUGGAGCAGUACCCGGACAGCUACGAGGCCAUGUCGGACCCCCCUGCUGCUCACCUGCUACAUCACGUACUUCCGCGGGCUUUCGCCUUCCCCGUGGACCCUCAGGUCCAGUCAGCCGCGGAUGAGACUGCAGUGCAACUGAGUGAGCUGCUGACGCUCCCUGUGCUCAUGAAGCGCUCGAUCACCGCCCCGCUGGCCGCCCACAUCUCCUUAGUGAACAAGGCUGCUGUUGACUACUUCUUCGUGGAGCUGCACCUCGAGGCGCACUGCGAAGCGUUGCGGCACUUCCUGCUGAUGGAGGACGGCGAGUUUGGCCAGUCACUCAGUGACCUGCUCUUCGAGAAACUUGGGGCUGGGCUGACGCCUGGGGAGCUGCUCAGCCCGCUGGCCCUCAACUCAGUCUUGAGCAAGGCCCUGCAGUUCAGCCUCCACGGGGACUCCCCGCACGCCGCCAACCUCUCUUUCGCCCUCAAGUACCUGCCUGAGGCGUUUGCGCCCAACGCCCCGGACGUGCUGAGCUGCCUGGAGCUCAGGUACAAGGUGGACUGGCCCCUCAACAUGGUCAUCACCGAGAGCUGCCUGAGCAAGUACAGUGGCAUCUUCUCCUUCCUGCUGCAGCUGAAGCUCAUGAUGUGGACGCUGAAGGACAUCUGCUUCCACCUCAAGCGCUCAGCCCUGGUGAGCCGCGUGGCCAGCUCUGUGCAGUUUCGCCAGCUGCAGCUGUUCAAGCAUGAGAUGCAACACUUCGUGAAGGUCACCCAGGGGUAUAUCGCCAACCAGAUCCUGCAUGUCACCUGGUGUGAGUUCAGGGCCAGGCUGGCCGAGGUGGGUGACUUGGAGGAGAUUCAGCGAGCCCAUGCUGAGUACCUGCACAAGGCCGUUUUUAGGGGCCUGCUGACGGAGAAGGCGGCACCGGUCAUGAACAUCAUCCACAGCAUCUUCAGCCUUGUGCUCAAGUUCCGCAGUCAGCUCAUUGCCCAGGCCUGGGGCCCAGCCAGUGGCCCUCGGGGCGCUGAACACCCCAACUUCGCCCUCAUGGAGCAGUCCUAUAGCACCUUCAAGUACUACUCCCAUUUCCUGUUCAAAGUGGUGACCAAGCUGGUAAACCGUGGCUACCAGCCCCACCUAGAAGACUUCCUGCUGCGCAUCAACUUCAACAACUACUACCAGGAUGCCCGAGGGCCACCCACGCAGGGGACAUGUGGGAAAUAAAGGGGU